UUAGUUCUUCGAAUUUCUUUGCUAUUGUGAGUGUUUCCUAGAGACAGCUUGACAAUGCCUGAACCAGCGAAAUCAGCGCCUGCAGCCAAGAAGGGGUCGAAGAAGGCGGUGACCAAGACCCAGAAGAAGGGGGACAAGAAGCGCAGAAAGAGCCGCAAGGAGAGCUACUCCAUCUACGUCUACAAGGUGCUGAAGCAGGUGCACCCCGACACUGGCAUCUCCUCCAAGGCCAUGAGCAUCAUGAACUCCUUCGUGAAUGACAUCUUCGAGCGCAUCGCCGGGGAGGCCUCCCGCCUGGCGCACUACAACAAGCGCUCCACCAUCACCUCUCGCGAGAUCCAGACCGCCGUCCGCCUCCUGCUUCCCGGGGAGCUGGCCAAGCACGCCGUCUCCGAGGGCACCAAGGCCGUCACCAAGUACACCAGCUCCAAGUAGAGUCCUAAUUGGUCCCUACACAAACCCAAAGGCUCUUUUAAGAGCCACCCACUUUCUCAACAAAAGAGCUCCUAUGGCUAUUUCAACACUAAUAUAUAGUUCAAUAUAGCAAGUUAGAUACUCUUUUUAGAAAGUUUUAGAUAUUAAAUUAAUAGAAGACUUUAA